AUGCCGUUCGGCUUGAAGAACGCUGGGGCAACUUAUCAAAGGCUCGUCAACAAAAUCUUCGCCGGUUACAUCGGCAACAUCAUGGAGGUUUACGUUGACGACAUGCUGGUAAAAAGCAGAACCGCCGAAGACCACCUGCAGAACUUAUCGAUCAUGUUCGGCAUACUGAAAAAUUACCGGAUGAGACUGAACCCGAAGAAAUGCGCCUUCGGUGUAUCUUCCGGGAAAUUCCUCGGAUUCAUGAUCAGUCAGAGGGGUAUCGAAGCAAAUCCCGAAAAAAUAAAGGCAAUUAUCGAUAUGGAGAGGCCGAGGACGAUGAAGGACAUCCAGAGCCUUACCGGACGCGUGGCCGCCCUGACCCGCUUCAUAUCGAAGGCUACCGAUAAAUGUGUACCGUUCUUCAAAGCCUUGAAAGGGGGCAAACGGGAUAUCACAUGGACUGCCGAAUGCGAUAACGCAUUUCAAGCCCUGAAGAACUACAUGAGCAAAGCCCCCCUGUUGUCAAAACCGCUGCCUGGAGAAAUUCUCUACCUAUACCUUUCGGUAUCAGGAACUGCCGUCAGCUCUGUAUUAAUUCGAAAACCGGAGAAGGCAGAACUACCAAUUUUCUAUGUCAGCAAGGCACUCCAAAGUGCGGAACUUCGGUAUCCCCCACUAGAGCAGCUGGCUCUAGCCCUUGUUGUCUCGGCACGAAGACUUCGGCCGUACUUCCAGGCGCAUGGAAUCAAAGUCUUGACCAACCAACCGCUCCGGCAAGUGCUCCAGAAACCAGAAAUUUCUGGCCGAUUGAUCAAAUGGGCAAUCGAACUCGGGGAAUUCGACAUACAGUUCGUCCCGAGGCCAGCCGAAAAAGGCCAGGCUGUUGCCGAUUUCAUCUCCGAGCUCACCCCAUCAACGGCACAGCCGACGCCCGAGGCAGUUACCGGGAUCGCUCUGCCGGACGCAAUGGACACCGAACGGUUUGACACCACAACUCCCAUAUGGGGUUUGCACGUCGACGGCUCGGCAAACCAGCAAGGGUGCGGAGCAGGCUUGGUACUGACGACACCGGACGGACUGAAGAUCGAGUACGCCCUCCGAUUCGACUUCCGGACCUCCAACAACGAAGCGGAAUAUGAGGCACUCUUGGCCGGCCUUCGGUUAGCCAAGAGCAUGAAUGCAAAGCAAGUCCGAAUUCACAGCGACUCCCAGCUCAUUGUGAACCAGGUAACGGCAGACUUCGCCGCCAAGGAUGCCUCCAUGCACGCCUACCUUUCAACCGCCCAUCAGCUACUCCGAAGUUUCCAAGCAUACGAGAUCAAACAGAUCCCCAGAGGCGAAAACAGCCAUGCCGAUGCUUUGGCAAGACUCGCUUCGGCGAUAAACGACAAAGUCGGAAGAAAGGUACCAGUGGAGAUCCUUGCCCAACCGAGCACGGUAACCUCCGAAGCGUGUGCCGUACGGUAUGAGGAUACAUGGAUGUCUCCCAUCUACUUAUACCUGACGAACGGCACCCUUCCUGAGGAUAAAGCCCAGGCCCGGAAGCUGAAAUACCGAUCAGCAAGAUACACAGUCAUCAACGAUGUACUCUACAAACGUGGCUACACCACCCCGUAUCUGAAAUGUCUCACGGCAGAACAUGGGGACUAUGUCCUUCGGGAAAUUCACAACGGUGUAUGUGGCGACCAUUCCGGGUCCCGAUCCCUCGCCUACAAAGUCUUUCGGCAGGGAUACUUUUGGCCAACCAUGCAUCAGGACGCCAAUACACUGGUGAGGAAGUGCGACAAAUGCCAACGCUUCGGUAACGUGCCACAUAUCCCUGCUGAACCUCUCACACCGAUUAUAAGUCCUUGGCCUUUCGCGCAAUGGGGACUGGACCUGAUUGGCCCAAUGCCGCAAGGCAAGGGGCAGAUCAACUUGUUUUUCGCAUCGCCUGCCCAUCCCCAGUCGAACGGUCAGGUUGAAGCAAUAAACAAAAUAGUGAAGAAACUACUGAAACGGCAGCUAGACAAGGCCAAAGGAGCCUGGCCGGAAAAGCUUCCAGAGGCACUUUGGGCCAUUCGGACGUCCUACCGAACGUCCACAGGAGAAACCCCUUUUUCCUUGGCCUUUGGUUCGGAAGCGGUGGUGCCUGUGGAAAUCGGCGAGCCUUCCUACCGAACGGAAACCUUCGCGCCAAAGCAGAACGAGGAGGCAAUGUCUCUUAGCCUUGACCUGCUCGAGGAACACCGAGCACAGGCCAACCUUCGGAAUGAAGCCUACAAGCAGCGGGUGUCUCGGUAUUACGACUCUAGGGUCCGACCCCGCUCUUUCCGAAUCGGGGACUGGGUCAUGCGCAAGGUAUCGCUUGCAACGAAGGAUACCACGGAAGGAACCCUCGGACCUUCCUGGGAAGGACCUUAUGAAAUCAUCGGCAUCCUUCGCUCGGGAACCUACCGAUUGCGAGGCUCCAACGGCAAGGCCCUCGGCCAUCCUUGGAACGUAGAACACCUCAAGUACUACUACAAGUGA